GGUGGCUUCACUGAGCAGGUUACCUGUCCCGGACUGUCUGAAGACCCCAACUACAGUCACGUCUGUUAAAACACAGCUCUGAAUACGAGAGGCCACUGGCAACGUGUGUAUGCUGUAUCUAAACGUGAGAGGAUUUGCAUUGAAAGAUUACAUCAAGUCCGCCUCCCAGAGCUACAGCAGGAUCUCUGAUUGGUCAGCCUCAGCAUACAAGAAGAUGGGAUAUAGGAAGCUGUGUCACAAGGUGGUGGAUGGACUGUGUGGCCGGGAACCUCCUCGCCGGGCGGAUUACAGCGCCACCUGGAGCCUGGAGGAGUGGCUGGAGCUGCUCAGCACCCUGACUGCCUUCUUCCGUCUGGCAGUGGGGAGCAACAGCUCAGAUGAAGAGGUGCUGGCUGGGCUGAGAGAUGUGGUCAGCAGUCACUCUGAGAUGUUGCUGAGUGUGGUUCGAGACAGAGAGGAGGAGAUCCACCGUGCUCUUUUGGAUAGGACCAACUGCAUUUCCUCUACCACUCUGCAGGAUUUCGACUGGCAGCUGAAGUUGGCUCUGUCCAGUGAUAAGAUCUCUUCGCUCCACACUCCUCUGCUCAGCCUCAGUCUGGACCUGAGAGAGAACGGAGACCUCCGGCCUGUCACCAUGGAGAUGAACAGAGAGGAGCUAAACACACUCAUCACUUCACUCGAGGCUGCUAAUAAGGUGGUGCUGCAGUUGAAAUGAUCAACCGAAUGACGGGGCACUGAUCCACGACGACAGGAAGACAAGUGCAUGGAUGGUCAUGGUGUCAAAGAAAGUUCAGAUGAGACUCUGUCAGGAUUGUGUGUGUCGUAGACACAGUGGCCGUGUCACGUUGUGGUCACAUGUAUGCAGGUGAAAACAUGUUUUUGGUGUGUACUGUGUUUUGUCAUGAAAAUGAAAUGAAUUCAUCUACUCUCCAUUCAAUUUCACAAAAAGUACAGGAGUUCCAGAUGAGUUUACAUUCAGAUAGUAAGUAGAGGAGAUCCCACGUUUGUUUAAUGCCUUCAUGAGUGGUAGUAUUAUACAAACACACAUACAGGCAAAUAUGUCAUUUCAUUUCUUGGAAAAACCUAAUUGCUGCCUCUCCUGAGUUACUUUUGAAAAAAAUAAAAAUGAAUUAUGUCUCAUGGGCCCUUUACAACCCAGAGGCUGGAGCUUCCACACCCCGUCAACAGAAAAGGUCCAAAAGUUAAUAGAAACAUUCGGGUUCUCAGUGGUUUUCAUGUGGGAGUCAGUUAGAAAUUCUGCUCAUUUUCUAUGGUUUUGAUUUGCUUCAUAGAAACAACAAAGAAUUAAGAAUAGUCAAGUGGACUACUUUGAAGUUAUGUGAAAUAUUUAAUCCAUGUGGACAAAUGAAAGAUUUGGCAUGAAUAACUCAAGAGCUCUGCUGACAAUUCAUACAUUACAUCAAAUAAUAAGCUACCUGAACCGUGAACUUGAUGUUUAUUUAUCACAGCUUCAGAAAGUUUUCAGACCACUUUGUGUUUUGCAUAUUAUUAAGUUAUGCAUAUUUGUACAUUGAUAAAAAAUUGCCCAUGAAUAGAA